GUGGCGCGAAAUAGGUGAGCCAUAGACAAUAGAAUCGUCAAUGUCGUAGGGCAUAGUAUGUGACUAUUGUCGAAAAAACACUAUUUUUGGUCAUUGUCCAACCAAAAUCAUAAGCGGCGUCUACUUACACUAAGCGCAUAACUAUAUUAGGGUCAAGAUUAGGAUGAAAUCAUUGGUAAAAUAUAAUAACACUUUUUAUUUUGUCUAGUUAGUUGAACUAGAGUUAACUUUUUAUUAAGACAUUUUCUGUAGGUUUAUUCUGGAUUACAAUACAUCAGCUGCCCUUUAACUGAAUUAUUUUAUAACAGUAAACAACAUUAUUCCUUCUUGAUAAAAGAUGUAUUAACAAAAGCGUUUCAAUGUGGACAUAGAAUUGCCAAACUAUUCAUCUGAUUAGAUAUUUUUGGGUCUAGUACAGGGGGUGGCCAAAAUGUUUGGGAUAGGCAACUUUUUUUCUCUCACAAAAAAAAUCAACAUGCUGUAACUUUUCAUAGAGUGCAGCAAAAAAUCUCAAAUUUUGACUGUUUAUCAACCUUGUGGAGAUAUGUAGAGGUACAAUAAAUAUUCAUUAGAAUAGUUGUAAAUUUAGAAAAAUAAAUGUAUAUAAAAAAAAAAACAUUUCUUUUGAGUAUCUAACGAGAAAAUCCUUUACAAUUAUUUCUAGUAAACUAAGAAACUGAAACUGAAAGUUUUGCGCAUUGACAUAAUAAAAAAAAAAAAAGAAAAAAAAAGCGCAAAUUUCAAGGCCGUGAGGGGAAUCUAGAAGAAUUUCCCCUCCACGCGACUGCUAUAAAUACGCCGGCAAUUCUGGACUGAGAGCAUUCAACAUUCGGACGGCGACACGUUUGCAACUUCUCCUACAAGUUAGCAAACAUCCAGCUACUAGCCAGCGAGCGAAGAAAGCGGCGCGAAACCCGCAGUUGCCACAAGCAACCACCACCCGAACCAGCAGACAGCCAGCAGUACGCGGCGCGGCGCGCGACACGUGGUUGCUAGGGGCAACUACCACAGCAAGCGACUCGGCUGCUAUAUAGGUCGCGGUGCGCGGCCUCCUGCGAGAUUCAACAAUCGGACGGCAAAGCGGAUACAUCACUUGAGUAAGGCAACCGCCUCUCAAGCAACCCACCAGCGAUAAUCACCCUCGAGCACCCAUCGAGCCAGCCGUACCCAAGCGUGGAAAAGAGCGCGGAACCAACGGUUGCUAGGAGCAACCAUUCGAUCGAACCAUCGGCAGGGUAGCCCGGGCGCAUCAAUCCAUCGCGCCACGCAAACUGGUACGUGAAACUUGGCGCGCAAUUCACGCUUGUUGAAGCGUGAUGCCAGCGGUAUUUGCAUACCAAAUCCACAAGAGUUGUGAUACCGUUCCACUAAGAGUUGGUAUUGAAAUCCACACAAGAGUUUUGAUACUGUCCCACUAAGAGUUGAUCGAAGUUAUGUGGGAAAUUCCCACAUCAAAAUUGCUUAUAGCUUUCAUAAGAAAGCUAUUUGCACUUUCAAAAGAGUUAUUAGAAACAUUUUCUACCAGUUUCCACAAGGGUUGAGGAUCUCCCCAUCGGAGCAACGGAGUACGAUGGAGCACUUGGAUGGCUCCCGCAUCGGCAGCGAAGACGACGAGCCCAACCGCAGCCCGCGAGUUCACGACAAUGACGCAGUCGGUACGACGGAAAAGUCAUCGAAGCGGUGAGUAUAGUGUAACUAUGAAUAAAAGUGCCAUUCAAUACCCAAGCCUCCGGUGGGAAGACGGUGUGCUUAGUAAAAAAAAUACUUCGAUGAGAAGGCGAAGUUUUUAUUGCUUUAAAGACCAAGUGCCAUUAACAAAACUAAACAUCAAUGAGAAGGUGAUGUUUGCUGAAAGUUUUGCAAUAAUAUAGUUAAUAUUCGAUUCUGAUGUGAAGGCAGAAUCUGAUCUAAAAAUCGUGCCAGACUUAGACUAGAACAAAAAAAAAGGCAAAGGUUAUUCGACGAAUUUUAAGAGCAAUUUAUUAUGUCAAUUUCACAGGAAGUCCAAGAAAAGCGUUACGAAGAAGAUGCUCCUGGAAGAAAUAUCGUUCAUGAGAAAGGAGUUAACCCAGCUACGGAACGAGAAGGAUGCUUUAUUGCACUCAGCGACUAGCUCGAAGCCAACCUACCCGUUCGAAUCAGUUCGAACUAGCACCACAGAACCCUUUGGUGCGGUUGGAGAAACUCUUCUUGCCAGCGUGAACAACAUGUCGUUGAGUACGAUGAGUAUCCCUGAGUGCGUUCCAUCAGACGGUGAAACGGACAUUGACAAGAAAGGCUACGAAUAUUGGAAGAAUAUUCUAGUAGCAUCACUGAAUCUGAUCCAAGCUAACGACGAGAACACAAAAAUGGAUGUAUUCAAGAUCAAGGCCGGACCGAAGCUGUUGGAAUUAUUCCAAGGGACGAGUUCCGUAACAGGCAUGCCACAUGAAGUCAGUCAUCCAUUUUCAAAUGCAAUUGCCCGAUUGGAUUGCUAUUUUGGGUCAAGGGCCUACACCCUUUCACAACGAAGCAAGCUUCUGAAUAUGGUACAACAAGCUGGAGAAACAAAUAUCCUAUUUGUCCGUCGAGUGGCGGCAUCUGCCAAACUUUGCGGCUACGACAAGGAGGACGACGAAAUGGAAGCCGUGGCACGUACCUUGAUGAAAAGUUCAACCGACAAACGAGUGCGCACGCUUGCCCAUCGCAAUUGGGUUCGGCAAGGUACGCUGAACGAUCUAAUCGAUUUGGUUCGCGAUCACGAUACAGAGCAAUCCAAUGAAGAAGAAUUCCAGAAGAUGCACCAGCCGCAGAGACCAGCAACGAUAGCGACAGUUGCCAAUUAUGCUCGCCAACACGGACAGUCUCACCGAAGCCCGUUCGGAAGAUUCAAUAAUGCGAGUCGAGGAAGAGGACUAUAUCAUCGUACCCCAGUGCGCAACCAAAUAUCGAAAAACAGUUCAUGUUGGCGUUGUGCUAGCGUCUACCAUGGUUCUGAGCAGUGUCCAGUCAUCGACAAGGUCUGCCACAUCUGUAAGCAACAAGGGCACCUAGCACGUUGUUGCCCCUCCCAAGGCAGCCCCAGAACCGGGAUUAAGCGAUUCGCUGCAGAGAGCAAUGAAGCGCCUCCUCGAAAAGUUGCAGCUAUCAAGAACGAAGCAGAAACGAAUGAAUCUGCACCAGUUGAUGUGAGUGAAAUUGAUUAAUAUGUAAUUGCAUUGGAUAUUUUGAGAAAUUGAAUAAUAUAUAUUUGAAUUUAACGAAAAUAAUAAAAAAAGAACUAUUAAAAAGAAAAACAGCUUGGGUCGAAUAUCUAUUGGUUUUUAUUGAAUAUAUCGUAAAAAAAAAGAAGAGGUGCACAAUCGAAUAUUAACUUUCUUCGUGCAUUAGCUAACAUUCGCCCCGAUGACAUAGUGUAUGCUCAGCGUGCCUCUGGGUCAUUGUUAUCCCAAUAAUGCACGACUAGGGUUAAUAUUUAAUUGAAAAGAUAGUUAUAAAUAGAAAUAUCGACCCAAGUAAGGCUUAACAAAAAAAAAACUCAAACUAAGAAGAUUUUUUACAUGCACAUUUCAGAUUCAGACCAGUACAGAAAGCGUUCCACUAGUCAUCGACAAGGUUAUAUCGAUGCCUACAAUUUGUCAGACGGAAGAAGAUGCUUUCGUGGUAGGAAGAGUAGCAGGUUUUCGCAUAAUAUUUUUCAUAGAUUCUGGGGCACAAGUCAAUACGAUCACGAAGACGCAAUUUGAGAAAAUGGUCAAAAAAGACUCAAUACGCAGCAAGUUGAUAAACCUGAGCUAUACUACAGACACUAAGCUCAGAGCAUAUGCUGCAUCUUCCAAUAUCAAAGUCGUGGCCACUUUUUCGGCAGAGCUAUAUGUGUCAAAAGACAGGCCCGUUCUCGUUGAAAAAUUCUAUGUGGUGGAUGAAGGAAGAGCUUUGCUAGGAUUCAACACCUCUACAAGAUACAGUGUUCUUGUCGUAGGCCUAUCCAUACCAGUAGAUGAUAUUCAUUGGCCUUGUGAAUUUGCCACGGUAAAUUCAAUAGCUAACGAGCUAGUACCCGAGUUCCCCAAAUUCAAUGUACCACCAGUCGUUUUGCACUAUAACAAAGAGAUGCCCCCUGCCAGGAACGUUUACACUCAUAUCCCAGCCGCCUACCAAGAACUCACGAAACGAAAAUUGGACGAAAUGCUAUCAUUGGGCAUCAUUGAAGUUGUGACAGAUGAUAUGGAUCGCUCAUUCUGCUCUUCGCUUCUGGUUGUUCCAAAAGGUAGAGACGAUAUUCGUCUAGUCGUAGAUCUACGAGGACCGAAUAAGUGCAUUCACAGGACUCCGUUUAGAAUGCCAACGUUCGAAGAUAUAUUAAUGAAACUACAUGGAGCCAAGUGGUUUUCAACUAUCGACCUGAAAAGCGCGUUCUUCCACGUUGCUCUCGACGAAAGCUGCCGUCAUUUGACAAAUUUUUUCUCUGGUGAAGCCAUGUACAGAUGUUGUCGGUUACCGUUUGGACUCUGCAAUGCCCCUGAUAUUUUCCAGGAAAUUAUGCAGACAACGAUCCUUUCGGAUUGUGAAGGAGUAGUUAAUUACUUGGACGACGUACUUAUUUUUGGAGCCACGAAAGAACAACACGACAAAAACUUGAAUGCGGUCAUGGCAAGACUACAGGACCACAACGUAAACAUUAAUACAGAAAAAUGUGUGUUAAGUAAGCAAGAGGUCACGUUUCUGGGAUUUAAGUUGUCUGAGUCAGGAUGGAGCGUGGAUGAUAGUAAAAUUCAAGCUAUCCAGAAUUUCCGAAGACCACAAAACCAAGCAGAAGUAAAAAGCUUCUUGGGCUUGAUAAACUUCAUAGAAAGGUUUAUACCUCAACGAGCAGAUAAAACUCGACAUCUUAGAGAACUAGCCAAAGCUGACCACUUCUAUUGGGGACAAGAACAUGAUGCAGAAUUUGUAGAUCUCACUUGCAAUGCCUGGAAAACAGUUCAGACCCUCGGUUACUACAACCGAAAUGACAGAACAGAGCUUUUUGUAGACGCCUCCCCACAUGGAUUGGGUGCAGUGCUUGUCCAGUUUGACGCAAACGCAAACCCCCGUGUAAUUGCAUGCGCUUCAAAAGCAUUGUCAGCUACUGAAAUGAAAUACCCCCACACACAAAAAGAGGCUCUGGCGAUGGUUUGGGGAGUCGAAAAGUUUUCUACUUACCUAAUGAGUAUCGAGUUUACGAUAAGAUCGGAUGCAGAAUCGAACGAAUUCAUAUUUGGUGGAAUGCAUCGCAUUGGGAAGAGAGCAGUUUCUCGUGCUGAAGCGUGGGCGCUGAGGCUGCAGCCAUACAAUUUCACAGUAGAACGGAUUCCGGGAAAUGAAAAUUUGGCAGAUACAUUAUCGAGAUUGAUUGGAGACACUCCGCUCACAGAACCGUUUGACGAUGCCGCAGAUCGACAUCUGCUAUAUUUGCUAGAUGCCGGCGAGAUGGAUUUAUCGUGGAAUGAGAUUGAAGUUCAAGCAGAGGAAGACGUGGAACAAUCGGAAGUCCGAGAAGCCCUCAAAACGGGACAAUGGGAGGGACAUCUCCGUUGCUAUGAAUCUCAAGCAAAGUAUCUCAGAACCCUUGGAUCACUUAUAUUCAAAGAAGAUCGUGUAGUCUUGCCGAACAAACUUCGUGAUAAAGCUCUCAUAACUGCUCACCAGGGCCACAUGGGAGCAGCAUCAAUGAAAAGAAUUCUGAGGAAUUAUUUUUGGUGGCCGAAAAUGAGCAAAGAUGCCGAAAAAUACGUGAAAGGAUGUGAAACAUGCCUAAGACUAUCUCAUAAAAACGCACCACUUCCAUUAACAAGCAGAGAGCUUCCAAAUGGACCUUGGGAAAUACUCCAAAUCGACUUUUUUGCUGAUCAAGAAUUUGGAUACGGGGAGUUUUUGGUAAUUGUGGAUACAUAUUCUCGCUAUCUACAUGUCAUCGAGAUGAAACGUACAGACGCUGACGCCACCAACGAAGCCCUUAUGCGGAUAUUUGAGGUCUGGGGCUACCCACUGGCUAUUCAUAGCGACAAUGGCCCACCCUUCCAAAGUGAUAAAUUCAUUAAAACUUGGGAGGACAAAGGAGUGGCGAUUCGCAAAUCAAUCCCCUUGAGUGCACAGUCAAAUGGAGCUGUCGAACGUCAAAACAAAGGUAUAAAGGAUGCACUAGCGGCUUCUAAACUGGAUAGGACGAAUUGGAGGACGGCACUCGACCAGUACUUGCACAUGCACAACAAAGUACGACCUUUGUCACGACUAGGCGUAACUCCCUUCGAAAUGCUUGUGGGAUGGAAAUGUAGAGGUACAUUUCCAUGCCUCUGGAGUUCAAAUUCAGCGGAGCAGUUGGAUAGGACAGAUAUUCGGGAGAAGGACGCGUCAUCUAAAUUGGAAAGUAAAAUCUAUGCGGACUCGCGACGGGGAGCAAAAUAUUCGGAUAUCGCUGUUGGCGAUAGAGUAUUCAUUGCGCAGCAGAAGAAGCACAAAUCGGACCCAACAUUUUCUGCAGAAAGGUUUACCGUGAUUGCCAGAGAAGGGGCCAAAGUAGUAGUACGAAGCGAGAGAGGAGUUCAGUACUCACGAAAUGCCCAAGAUGUUAAAAAGAUACCCGUCCACCUGACUUCUGGAUCGGAGCAUCCUACCCAACAGGAGACCGAAGAGAAUGACCAAAUGCUUCUUCAAACGUCCAGUGGUACUGAACUAGAGAAUGAUCCCGAAGGAGCUGGGACAGAAGUUUCAGCAUCCAGCCCAAUCAAUGAAUCCGGGCGACCUCAUAGAAUUAUCAGGAAACCAAAUAGAUUUAAGGAUAUGAUACUAUUCUCCAUUUUUGAAUAAAGAGUAGGGGAAAGGGGUAUUGUGGAGAUAUGUAGAGGUACAAUAAAUAUUCAUUAGAAUAGUUGUAAAUUUAGAAAAAUAAAUGUAUAUAAAAAAAAAAAAACAUUUCUUUUGAGUAUCUAACGAGAAAAUCCUUUACAAUUAUUUCUAGUAAACUAAGAAACUGAAACUGAAAGUUUUGCGCAUUGACAUAAUAAAAAAAAAAAAAGAAAAAAAAAGCGCAAAUUUCAAGGCCGUGAGGGGAAUCUAGAAGAAUUUCCCCUCCACGCGACUGCUAUAAAUACGCCGGCAAUUCUGGACUGAGAGCAUUCAACAUUCGGACGGCGACACGUUUGCAACUUCUCCUACAAGUUAGCAAACAUCCAGCUACUAGCCAGCGAGCGAAGAAAGCGGCGCGAAACCCGCAGUUGCCACAAGCAACCACCACCCGAACCAGCAGACAGCCAGCAGUACGCGGCGCGGCGCGCGACACGUGGUUGCUAGGGGCAACUACCACAGCAAGCGACUCGGCUGCUAUAUAGGUCGCGGUGCGCGGCCUCCUGCGAGAUUCAACAAUCGGACGGCAAAGCGGAUACAUCACUUGAGUAAGGCAACCGCCUCUCAAGCAACCCACCAGCGAUAAUCACCCUCGAGCACCCAUCGAGCCAGCCGUACCCAAGCGUGGAAAAGAGCGCGGAACCAACGGUUGCUAGGAGCAACCAUUCGAUCGAACCAUCGGCAGGGUAGCCCGGGCGCAUCAAUCCAUCGCGCCACGCAAACUGGUACGUGAAACUUGGCGCGCAAUUCACGCUUGUUGAAGCGUGAUGCCAGCGGUAUUUGCAUACCAAAUCCACAAGAGUUGUGAUACCGUUCCACUAAGAGUUGGUAUUGAAAUCCACACAAGAGUUUUGAUACUGUCCCACUAAGAGUUGAUCGAAGUUAUGUGGGAAAUUCCCACAUCAAAAUUGCUUAUAGCUUUCAUAAGAAAGCUAUUUGCACUUUCAAAAGAGUUAUUAGAAACAUUUUCUACCAGUUUCCACAAGGGUUGAGGAUCUCCCCAUCGGAGCAACGGAGUACGAUGGAGCACUUGGAUGGCUCCCGCAUCGGCAGCGAAGACGACGAGCCCAACCGCAGCCCGCGAGUUCACGACAAACCUGUUAUAUGUGCAUCAUUGGUACAAAUUUGGGCUCGUUUGAAUAAUUUUUCGCGAAGUUAGAACCGUUCGGGUAAAACACUAUUUUUUAGACAACUCAUUUUUGAGCUGUCAUAUCUCGGAAACCAGUGAACCGAAUUGAAUGAAUUUUUUAACGUUUAUCAACAAUAUAUUGAUACUUAAUACAAUGUUAUAAAAUGUAAUAUUUUCUCACGGCGAAUUAAGUUAUACCGGGUUGAAAUUUUUACCCAUAUUGAGGACAAUAAGCCAAUAUUACAAUACCACCAUAAAAAUUA